GAUUUACAAUUUGUAGCUAGAUCUGAGUAGUCGUCCCUGUUGGUGCUUGUGUGGAUUAAGCGGACUCGAAGUUUACGAAAUUUUAAAAAAUAGCAUUGUUAAAUACUCUCAAACUAAUUUUCGCAGUAUUUUCUUACGCUCGUUAAAUCUUUUUUUUUCCCAUUUACGAUUUGUUGCUAGAUCUGAGUUGCUGUCCCUGUUGCCGCUCGUGUGGUUAACUCGGGCCUGUGUAGUAUUGUGUUGCAAGUGAUGUAGAAGACGAUCGUGCAUCAAGACAAUUGUUAACGGUAGCAGAAGUUUCCUAGAUAAAUGAGUGAGAUGGAGUCCAACAACGAUGAUGAUGAUAACAUGGCUGAUAAAGAUAUAAAUCUUUCGGAUUUUGAUGAAUAUGCCAUUGCUGCUGAGAUGGAUUUUGACGGAGUGGACUUGGAGGGAGACAUUGAAACGCCCGCAGAGCUUGUGAAUGAUUUCGAUGAAGAUACCAGUGAUCUAGACGCCCUAGAAUUAGAACUUGCUUGUGACUCGGUUACUCACGUUGAGAGCAACGUCAAAACAGUAGCCAGCCAUAUCUCCUGCAGAGAGUUUAACAAAGACACAAGCAAAAAGAAACUGUCUUCUGAAGAAACCGAGAAAGAAUCAAAAGUAUUUAGACCAGACGAAAAUAAACUUCACAAAGAUGAAAGAAGUAGCGACGAAGAUGAUGAGAAAACUGAACAAAACUGGGUUAAAGAUCUGUGGCAAGCUAGGAAUGCUAAUCCUGAAAAAUGUAAUCAAGAAGCCAAAACUAGAGGUGGACUUUCAUCACAGGAAAAUUAUGAAAGCAUGUCUGUAAUGAAAAAGAAAGAAAAUGAAAUAAUAAGCAAAUUAGAAAAAGAUUUAGACAAUAGAGAAAAAUCACAGCUUAGAAAGGAAUUUAAAAGACUGCAGAAAUUAAAUCUGAAAGAACUGCGUAUCCCACCAAGUGUGGAAAGCUUUAUGAUGCCAGUCUGCUGCAGUGAUGAAAGUGUCCGUGACUAUCAGGUGAGAGUUCAUAAUUUUCACCUGAAAGAUAUGAAGAACACAUCUUUUUUCAAAAUCAUCUGCCUUGCUGAAAGUAUGGCAGUCACAUUUUCAAAGAACAAGCUAGAUGAGAGUGAUGACACAGAGGAAAGAGUGCUGGAUAUAUUGGUACACAGGCAUAAUAUUCCACAAUUAAUGGUACAUCUUCAUUCUUUUGAGUUUGUCUGCAAUCCUGUUGCAUUUGAGGUCUGGAGAAGAGAAGAUGCAGAAUUUAAGACUGGCUCUAAUAUGGCUGGCAAUGCACCAGAGAGGCAGAAGGAAAAAGUGUUGUUCAAGGUGACAAGAGAUUACUCUGAAAUGCCUGAGCACUGCAAAUCAAUCUCAGGCACAGCACUGAAAAGGUCCCUGUUUCUGAUUAACUUGCCACCAAGCAUUGAUGAAUUUACCCUCAGGAUUGUCUUCCCUAAAGCCAUCAAGAUUGGUAUUGCAAAAGUCUCUCAUACCAUCAGUUCAGCAGUGGUGGAAACCUCCAAUGUAGAGGAUGUGUGGCAUUGCCUUAACAGUUGUCUUCAACUGGAGAUCGAUCACAGAGAGAUUUCCAUGAAAGCUAUGCAUAUGCAGCUAAAUGAAGAGGCACAGAAGUGGAAAAGAAGACUUGAGCAGCCUUCAGAUCAGUCAGAUUCAACGCCAUAUGUGUUUUCGUUUGAUAGAAGAGUGCACAACAUAAAAGCGAGAGAAGGAAUAAGCUGCCCUUUAUCAGACUCCACUUUUUCAGAACAUGAAUCUUCACAUAGGCUGGGAUACCCAAACUAUGGAUCACUGGGGGAGGUACAAAACUGGCCUACAGUUGGGUCAACAGAAAUACGGACAGCAUCCUACAAAGAGGAACUGGGAAUGCAGUCCAUGAUAUCACCCAAACUGCCAAAUAUAGCCAAUGCACAAGUGUCUCAGCAGCAUUUUGAAACUCCUACACCAGAAGAGGUGAUGAAGACUUUGACAGAACCAUCUGCCCCAGCAAAUAUUGGAAUUAUUCCUGGAAAUUGUGGAACCUCACAUGAGGUCAGCUCAUCAACAACAGCAAAUCCAGCAAGAACAGAUUUGCCAUGUGUGCAGGAGACAAAGAGCUCAUUGACAACACUAGAGCGCAAAGAUUCUGAGAUUAAAAGGCCACCUUUGCUUCUGAGAGCACUUCGUCAACAAGUCACAGGCAUGAUCAAGAAAGAAAAAAGCUCAGAGAAAGCUGAGACAGAAAAAUCAAGUCAGAAGGACAAAAGUUCAGAGAAAGCUGGGACAGAAAAAUCAAGUCAGAAGGACAAAAGUUCAGAGAAAGCUGAGGCAGAAACAUUAAAUCAGAAGGAAAAAAGUUCAGAGAAAGCUGGGGCAGAAAAAUCAAGUCAGAAAGACAAGAAGGAAGAGAAUAAAGUUCCCAGACAGGCAGACACAGAUACAGAUACAGAUGAAGUGAAAAAGGAGCAGAAUAGCUCAGGAGAAGAGAGAGAGAGGAAAGGGAAAAAAGAGAGACAAAGUCGAUUCUCCAACAGAAUUGGAACCAGAGGAAUACAAAUAUCAAGAAGAUACAAAUUCUGGAGCAGGGAAACAGCAGUGGACAGAGGUGCGUGAUAUUCUGGAAAAAAAGCGCAAGGAAAUUGAGGAACAGUUGGUGAAGAAGGAAAAAGAGAAUGCCAUCCAGUAUGAGCUAAAGAAAAGAAACAACGAGAGACCAAAAGAAAAAACAGUGGACAAUCUGAAAAGAAGGAAAACAGAAACUGAUGAGGCAAUCCAGAGAAGGAGGAGAAGGGGUGAAAAUGAAUCACAUGCACAUAGAUCACGCAUGCAGCUGGACAGAGAGCAGAGGAGAUCAGCACAGAUUGACGAUUUUAUAAAACCAGCUCCUCCAGAACUGGCACAUAAAAGCAGAGGCAUUGAAUGGUCAAAGCGGAGCCUAGACACUUCUUUCCAUCCCCAAGGCCUUGUGACAGAGCAGGAGACUGUCAAUCAGCAGCUGAUGGGGUCCAUAGCUUCAAGAACUGGUCGGCUGCAAGAGACAUUUUACAAUCCGGCAGCCAUACCUCGGACAGCAUCAUCAGAUGUUGCAUCUACAGUCAUUAACACACAUGGGCAUCAAAUGCUUGUGCCCCUAACUAGCCAGAAAUGUCCAGAUACAUUGAGUGGAAUGGCGAGAAUAAAUUCACACGAUGUCAACCAGCAUGGCAGAUUUGUUUCCAUGGCAGCACCUGCUUAUAGCCAGCAAGCAUCCUUGGAUGUCUCAAGGCUUUCAGGUCAGUCAUCAGUUGGUGCUGUGUUGAGUGUUGACCAGCUGCCAUCAGGAGGGUUAGCACAACACGGGUUUCUUAACCCGGCCAUGCAGCAGACCCCUAAGAGCCGACUGACAGUGCAAGAAGCAGCUCUAGCAGUAGUUGAAGAGCUGGUGCAGCAAGGUCAGUCUCGUGACCUGGCGAUGGUGCAAGUGCAGCAAGCCAUGGCAGGGCUCCACACACCACUCUCAGGGCACCAGGAUUCUGUAGGGAGGCUCGGUGAGCCUGGGCAGGCAAGACAUGCCUCGGUUAUUAUGGAUCAUCGCCAUGGAACUUCCAUGCUGGGGCAAGAGGGCACAAGCCAUCAACCUCCCAGUAUACAAGUCUUUGAUUCCACAGCAAACAGGCUGCCGCUGGGA